UCAGAUGGAUGAAUCCACUUCAUCCAACGGCCAUCAACCCCUCAUUCAGAUAAACCCUCCAACACCAACAAUACAUGCAUCACCAACUAAAUUUAUACCUUAACCCAGACCAAACUUUAGGCACCACCGUCAUGGCAUCCACCACCACCGCCGCCACAGCAUCCUCCUUCAUCGGAACCCGUCUCCCGGAUUUGCAUUCAAAAUGCAAAUCCGGACGAGUCACUGCCUUGUUUGGUUUAGGAAAGAAAGCCGCGGCACCUAAAAAGGUAUCCAAACCAAAACCUGUAACAUCAGACAGGCCGUUAUGGUACCCUGGCGCAAAAGCGCCAGACCACCUAGACGGAAGUCUGGUUGGGGACUACGGGUUUGACCCAUUCGGUCUGGGCAAACCUGCAGAGUACCUACAGUUUGAUUUGGACUCGUUGGACCAGAACUUGGCUAAGAACGUGGCUGGAGAUGUGAUUGGGACGAGGUUCGAGAGCAGCGACGUGAAGCCAACCCCUUUCCAACCAUACACCGAGGUGUUUGGGCUCCAGAGGUUUAGAGAGUGUGAGCUGAUCCACGGUCGGUGGGCUAUGUUGGCAGUGCUUGGCGCGCUCACUGUUGAAUCGGUCACCGGUGUUACAUGGCAAGAUGCCGGAAAGGUGGAACUGAUCGAUGGAUCAUCGUACUUGGGUCAACCGUUGCCAUUCUCCAUCACCACUUUGAUAUGGAUUGAGGUUUUGGUUAUUGGGUACAUUGAGUUUCAAAGGAAUGCGGAACUUGAUCCAGAAAAGAGGAUCUACCCGGGUGGUCCAUUCGACCCGUUAAAAUUGGCAGAAGACCCUGAAAAGAAAGAGAGGCUCCAACUAGCAGAGAUCAAGCACGCCCGUCUUGCUAUGGUGGCGUUUCUUGCUUUCGCGGUCCAAGCUGCUGCCACUGGAAAGGGUCCGCUCAACAAUUGGGUUACCCAUUUGAGUGACCCAUUUCACACAACCAUUCUUGAUACCUUUGGCGUCUUUUCUUAGAUCUAAUUUGUAUUACGAUCUCCCCCUAUAUAUAUUGGUAAUAGUACAUUUGUGUUUCAGACCGACCUUGUAAAGUUUGUCACAUUUGACUGUACUGGAGUAUUAUAGUCUUUUGGAUGUGAAAAACUGAAAAUGCACUUGAUUUGGCUAAUCAAGAUUAUAUGCGGAUUGUUAUGAAUAUAUAUUUAUUAUUAAUGUGGU